AUGUCUUUUGUCCUCCUAUUCGUUACUCUUUGUUCGCUUGUUGUCCUCCGGGAAGCACUCAGAUGGCUCAGAAUGCUUGCAAAUGCUCGCUCAAUCGGCUUGCCCGUUGUGUUUGUUCCCAUUGACCAAACCAAUUUCCUCUGGAUACUUUUCGCUUCUCGCAACCGAUUCCGCUUACAGCGUCUUCUCCCAUCAUGGCUUUGGAAGCACAUAUCCAUAACGAUCCCGGGCUGGGAACUUUUUGAACCAUCAAAUCCCCAUCAAAGAACCCUUGCAUAUCGCGCAGAUGCACGGGAUGCAUCCUUCACACUGGUAGGAUUGCGUUCGUACGAAUUUUGGACCGCCGAUCCCCAAAUAUCCCACGAGAUACUGCGCCGGGUCCACGAUUUCGAGCAGCCACGUGAAUUGGAAUUUCUCCUGGCUAAAUUCGGCCCCAACGUCUUGACUUCCAACGGCGUCCAAUGGGCUCGACACCGCAAGAUCGUUGCAAAGGUCAUCAAUGAGCGCAUAUCGAAAGCGGUGUUCGAAAAAUCUAUAUACUAUUCUCAGACACUCCUGCACGACUUACUUCCAGUCUCGCCCAACAAAAAGAGCUCGAUCGAAACUACGAUGCUGUUUGACAGGCUCACUCAGGUCAGCUUCAGCAUCCUCAUCGGCGUUGGUAUUGGUGACAAGUUUCCUUGGUAUGAUGAGGAAAAACAUGAACCUCAGUUUCCUUAUCAGAUGGCUUACAAAGAUGCGCUUCUCACCUAUGUGAACAAUGCGUUCGGGCUUGCUAUACUUCCGCCACUUCUUCUCAAUUACUGGCCAUCAUGGGCGCCAGGACAUAAGAAGAUGAGGAAAGUAGGACGUUCCAUGACGGAAUUCCGCAUGCGCAAUCAGGCCUUGAUCGACCAAGAGCAGAGUCGCAUAGCCACGGGGCAAUCCAGCGCUUCUUCCAACCCGGACUUCAUAGCACUCUUGGUUCAAGCAUCUCAAAAUGGAAAUGAGCCCCAACAGACACUGUCCGGGGAUGAAAUGAUCAGCAAUUUGUUCGCCUUUACCGCUGGUGGAUUCAAAACUAUCGCAGGGGCCUUGGACUUUGCUGUAGUCCUUUUAGCAAGGUUUUCAUUAUGGCAAGAUUGGCUAAUCGAAGAAGUCGAUAACCUGAUACCUGCUCACGGAGAUGGAAUGGGUACCCUAGAUUAUACGACUAUCUAUCCGGAGGCUGUCCGCACACUAGCGUUCGUCAUGGAAACGGAGAGAUUGUAUGGCUCCGCCUCGCGCUUAUUCAGGGUAGCAUCAGGUCCCCAAAUUGUUCAAACAUCAUCGGAGACUACAGUACGACUUCCAGCCAAGACCAGGGUCCAUGUAAAUGUGGUGGCUCUCCACCACUUGCCGUCAUGGAAAGAUAUCAAUCAUCAAUCAGAUCCAGAUCGGUUCAAACCCAGUACUUGUAUUCCAGACGAGGAUUUAUUUCGCCCGUCGAGAUGGAUCAAUCCGCCUGGAUCGGCGACCAUUCAUUUUCACCCACCCAAAGGCACAUUCGUGCCAUGGUCACAGGGGCCUCGAAUAUGUCCAGGACAGAAAAUGGCACAAGUGGAGAUCACAACCUUGAUUCUAUGCCUACUGAGGAGACACAGAAUUCAACCAACAAGGUUAGAAGGAGAGGCUCACCAAGAUGCGGAGAGAAGACUAGAUGCAAAAUUGCGGAAUGUACAAUGGGCUGGAAUUGUGUCCUUGGAGAAAGAUCCAGAUCUGAGUUUCAAGGUGUCUCAGCGCCGAUAG